AUGCGGGCGUCGUCGUCGUCGUCCAACGUGGGUAUUCGCCUCCCUUCCCCUUCCAAUCUCCUCCGCUGUUCUCGGGGUGCUUCUUCUGGGACUUUUAUACUGCGCUUUACAUCACUUGUUGAGGACAUGAUGAUGGUGGAGUUAAGCAAAGUUCUGAGAACUCCUGUUGCGGAGAUAAGUUCCAAGAGGGAGUUCUUUGGUGCACCUCAACAGGAAGUGGAAAAGAAGGCAUACUCACAGGAAGGAUGUGCUCAUGUAAAGGAGUUGCAGGAAGGAGGUUUUCAAACAAAGGAGACGUACACAAUAGGUCCUAAUGCAAAGAAGUUGCAUUUAGCAGCUGCUAAUGCUAAGAAGUCAUGUGCAGCACCUAGCCACAGUCCUACUGUGCUACUUCAGGGAAAUGUAGAUUCAAUUUUGAUGGAUGAUGAGGGCAUUUCCGUGGAUGAUGAAGUCCUUGUGGAUAUUGAGCUGAGGGCUGAAGCUGAUGCACAGGAAGCAGCCAGAAAGACUCAAAGUGAGGAAUCUUUAGUUGAUCCUAUUUUUUAUGCUGACACUUCCACUGCACAAAUUCCAGUUGAUGAUUAUGCAGAUGUUAAGUUCAACAUUGUGUAUGACAAUGAAAAUCCAAGGAUCAAAGUAAAUGAAUAUUUCCCUUCGAUGGAGAACUUCAGGAUGGCACUGAGACAGCAUGGAAUAAAGAAGGGGUUUCAGGUGCACAAAAUCAAGACGGAUAAGACUAGGUAUAGAGCUGAGUGCAAGGCAGAAGGCUGUCCAUGGAGAAUUGUGGCACGCAAAUUGCGGGACGGACCAACUGUUGUGAUUAGCAUGAUGCCUCAAGAGCACAAUUGCAUAUCUACUAGUAACCCUGUUACCUCAAUGGCAUCACAAAGCUGGGUUGCAGAGAUGGCUGCUGAUUGGUUGAGGGAGAGUCCAGAACUAGGAGCAAAAGAGUUGCAAGAGAAACUGCAGGAGGUGUAUAGUGUAGAGGUUAGCUAUGCUACAGUAUGGGGUGGAAGACAGAAAGCAAUGAACAAGAUUUUUCAGUCUUGGGAAGACACUUUUCAGACAUUGUACAAUUUCAGGGCUGAACUUCUUUCCUUGUCUCCGGGCUCAGUUGUGGAGAUUUGCACUAAGAUAUGUGGAGAUGAUGUCCACUUCGACAAGCUUUUCUUUGCUCUGGAGCAAUGCAUAGAUGGCUUCAAAACAGGCUGUAGACCUGACAUUGCACUCAACUACACAGACUUGGCUGGCAUCUACUCAGGGAAAUUAGCAUGUGCUUGUGCGCUUGAUGGAAGAGAUGCCAAGCUGAAGAGGGCAGGAAGGUUGAGUACGACGCUAACUGAUCAUCUCUUGGAACCAUGCAUCACUAUGGGACGCAGGAUGGCUAGCAGCAGGAGCCAGCUGAGCCGGGCAUGCAGGAACUGGAGGCCAAGCACUGGUCGAUCCAGAUGCGUAGGAGCCAAAGGCUUUUGA